AUGGCCUCCGACAAUUCCAAAGCGUUUCGACGAUACCAGGCAGGGGUAGAAAGGGCUCUCGCGUUGUUUGAUGCCAAGAAUGAAUGGGCCGACUACAUUGCCUUUCUCAGUCGAUUGCUGAAGGCUCUGCAGGCGUCGCCUCCAGAUUCUGAUAUCCCUUCGAAAGAUGUACUCGCAAAGUACCUCGCCGAGUGUCUGUCGCCGACUCUGCCGGCCGGAGUCCAUCAGAAAGCCCUCGAGGUCUACGAUUGUAUUUUUGGCAUCCUUGGCCGUGAUGGACUGUCGAAGGAUCUUCCGCUGUACCAUCCUGGCUUUGCCGACACUCUCACAUUCGCAUCUCUGGCAACGAGACCGUGGUUUUUGACCCUCUACGACGAUCACAUUCUGGGUCUCCAUCCAGACACGCUUCGGCUCGCGCUGAAUGCAAUCGUAUCAUCGCUGCUACCAGGCAUAGAAGAAGAGAACAGCGAAGACUUCGAUAAGAUCCUCGGCACGAUCAACAAGAUCCGAGAGGUGUUCGCUGCAUCGGCUGAAGAGGGCAUUUUCUGGCAGAAUCUAUUCCUUGUGUCCAUCGAAGAUGCUGGUCUUCGCGUGGGAGCCUUGGUGUAUAUGGUUAGAUAUCUACCCAAGAUCGGUGCUCAUCAGAGGAACGGCAACGCCUCAACGACUUCCGUAGAGGAUGUGGUCACCCCGGAGCCCGGCCUUCUCUUCCGAUGUUUCGCUACUGGUCUACAGGAUGAGCAGCCAUUGGUACAGAGAGGCUUUUUGGAUCUUCUGGUCACUCAUCUACCACUGAACAGUCCAACAUUACAGAAGACCGAAUCUAAAAACGAUCUUGUCGUGCUCGUAUCGGCUGCAAUGUCGAUAGUGCUGAAGAGAGAUAUGAGUCUGAGCAGACGUCUCUGGACGUGGUUCUUCGGCAACGACGAAAAGGGCGAUGGGGACCCAAUGCCCUCAAAAAGCCCGGUCGAUGCUCCAAGACGACAGUCUCUGCCAACAUCGACGCACUACGCUGACUUUGGGCUUCAAGCUGUGACGGAUGCAAUUGAUGGAAUGCUUAGACAAUCGCCGAUUGCCCCAGUGCGACGAGCCCGACCUUAUCGCUUAGUCGUAUCGCUGAUGGACCGAAGCGCCAUUGGAGGUCCCGUAGUCGACAGUCUAUUUCAGAAGCUUAUCACGAACCUCAAGCAAUAUCAGACCAGCGCUCCCACACAAGAGGCUUUCGAUGAGGUCUUCCGGUCAGCCAAUGUCCUAUUUGAUUCCAUUGAGCCACGUCGUCUAGCAAAGUACUUCGUCAUGCUGAUCUCAGCAUCAGAGUGGGAUCUGCUCGAGUUUAUUGUGCUCAAUUUUGGACUAGACGACACAGAGCUAGGGCGAGCACAUCUUCCAGCCAUAGCGGCAUAUCUCGCGUCAAUAUGUACCCGUGAGCUUGAAGCAGGCAAUAGUCCUCAUGUCAGACAGAUCGCGAUGAUUCUCGACACUGUACUCACAUUCGUCCCUGUACAGCUGAUCAAGAAGUCGAAAACUCCAUCCAAGGUUCCAUCGAAAGCGAUCGUGUCAGCUUUGAAGGAUUCCUACCUCGACAACAAGAAAGAUAUUGUGUCCCCUGACGACGCGUUGGUCUAUGCUGCGAAUGAGAUCAUCGCUGCCAUCGGUCCACUACUACGUUCCUUGUCCGACCUGGCUGUUCUGGACCAUCUAGUGUCAGCAUUUGGUAGCUUGGUCAGUGUCCUGCCAUAUGACCCGCGCGUCCGAUAUGCGGGCUUGGUAUCGAGCAUUGAAGCGUGGGCGGAGCUCGACCUGCAGAUUCAAAGAGAGUAUUUCGCACUGUCCAGCGCUGUUUCUGUGCUUCUGAAUAUCCUGACGAGAGGUCCCUCAAUAUCUCACGCCGACGAGGAGCUCGCAGUGAAACUUGUCCCAAAGCUAGCAAGGAACUGGUGGGCGUAUUUGCAGCCUUCCAGUCCGCAGUACCAUGUUGAGAGCGUCGAGCUCUUCUGGAAUCUGCAAGCAAUCUGUCCAGACAAGCUGUUGGUUGAUAGCACGUUGAUGGAGCUGCUGGCGGACGACUCACAUGGCCCAGCAGAUCACCCGUCGGUCAACUUUGGCACUUUAUGGGCGCAUACUAAGACUGUGCCAAGGGAUCUAGCAACGAACGGAUCAUCCCAAGAGUCCUAUUCGCGGGUAGCCGCUCUGCUUGACCAAGCUGCCAUUUUCAUUGUCGACAGAUCCAUCCACGAUGCGGCUUGGGUGUCAUGGCUCGGCGCAUUGUCGUCCCUUGACCUGCAUUUCCAGGCGGUUCUCAAAGUCAUUGACGAGCGCGCCUCGAGGAUUCGGGAGAAGAUUCUUCAAGCAGAGAUCUCUCAGGAAGAGAAACUGCAAAACGGCGAUGAGGUGGGCCUUCUGGGAGGGGCACUCCAGGAAGAGAGUCUCGUGGAUCUGUACCGAUUGAGGCAGCUCGUACAAGUCGCUCGAAGCUCUGCAACGCUUUCGAAAGAGUUGACCGGGAAGCAGAUUCUGGUCAGAGACAAGAGGCAGAAUCUGGUUGAAAAUAUCAUGCAGCUCGCUGAAAAGGCCUUUGUCCUGCACCAGACAGAUGAAGGUUCGGCUGUAGUAGCAGUCGACAUAUUCAACGCGAUAGACCCGAGAUCAUUACCUGGAUCCCGCAAGGACCUUGACGACAAAGUAGCCCAGGCUGACUCCGCCACUUCGUCGGGUGACCGUCUCGUUGAGGUCUUUGUAACGCAAUUGCCGAAAACAACAGCAGACAGCAACUUCCAGCGCAAAGUUCUAGACGCUCUGCACAAUUGGAUGUCCAACAGACCGGACGCGGCCCCACCAGUUGAUCUCCUGCCUGUGCUCAUGGGCGGCAUUGCCAGUCCAAUGAUCGACAAGAACCUCGACAAGUGGAUUUCACUGCUCUGCAAUUCGAUUCCGACAUAUUCGGAUGCAAUCUUCUUUGCAAAUCUUCUGAAAUUGACUGCCUGCUUCUGCAACAGAAUUCAAGCCUUCUUCAGCGUGAACAGGGACCUGUUCGACCCGAGAGUCGAGAGCCAUCAACUUUCUGGCACAGGUUUCAGGCCCCAGGAAGCACCUCCGGAUUCAUUCGCGAAGGACCCCGAGAGAUCUAUCACCAACCUCCUGUCUGGCCUCGAGUAUGUGCUAGCUAGAGCACAUACCAAGAUCGUUGAGACAGGACGCCCGGCGUCCUCCACCGGCGGCCAGGAGCCAUCAGGGACUGGAGCUGGACGAUCGAGAACACUAGCCAACCACCGCCUCACGGUUGUGCUUUGCAUGCAGGACGCGAUCAAAGUAUGUUGCCAGAUGUGGUUCUGGCAGGCCACAUCAGCCACUGGCCCAUCGUCUAAUGCCAAGUCAUUCUCGUACAUGUCUUCCAGACUGCGUGCCAAAACACGUCGUAUACUGGAGCACCUUUUCGAAGCCGAACCACAGGAAUGUCUGGAGACUGUGAUGGGCAUUUGGGUGGAGAAGACCAAAUCGGCCACUCAGCCUGGGACGGUUAUCAACCUACUGCAGACGCUGGACGGUGCACGGCCCAAAUUCAUGCUUCCCGCGAUAUUCAACGCCCUGUACAGCCGCACCAAUCCCAACGUACUGGACUCUGGUCAACGAUCAACACUAUCCGUGGAUGCCUCGGCGGUAGAGUUGGUCGCUUUCCUCGUGGAAUACGUCAAUAGACUGGAAGAUGACCUGCUGGAAGAGAUAUGGAACGAUUGUCUGAGCUUCACGCGAGACGUGCUCGCCAAUCCAAUGCCACACAGACAGCUAUUGCUUCGACUUCUGGACUUCCAAGCGGCGCUGUGUGCCAAGAUGGAAAACACCACAUUUGCUAUCUUCACAAUCAAGCCCGGUGGUAUGGAUGAGGGCUCUGAAGCACCUUCUAAAUCCGCGUCGCGUCUUCACGCUGGCAAGGGCGUAGACAUCCUCUUGAGUGUGCUCCCAAUUAUGGCACCAGUCCUGAGUGAAGGGGAUCGAAUAUCGACCGUCUUUCAAGGCAUCAGCGCAAAUAUUACCGGUCCAGCAUUGCGGUCAAGGUCAUUCCCGCAGACAUUGAACAACAAUGUUCUCAGCCUCUACCUUGUCACAGCAAAGGCAUCUGCCAACAGCAAGGUUUGGCGCAAGGAUUUGAUUGAUGCCUUCAACGACGCACGCCUAUUUGACAGUUCUGUCACUGUCGCAAAGACUGGCUGGAUCCCGAUUGUACGACAGCUUUCUUCCGUAGACCGGAACAUCUUUCCAGAGGUCAUCGCUCGCUUUGUGGCGCCCGCGACCGCAGGAAUCAUGUUCGGCGUGGGUGCCUCAACAGCUCGAGCGGAGGCGGAUAAAACCACAAAGACCAAUCUUCGACGGCUGUGUCUACUGCUCAUGGCUCAUGACCAAGACUUUUACGCUAGCAUUGUCGGCCUUAUGCUCGCAAGGAUCAAAGAGCUGCUCACAGCAACACCGGCUACCUCGCCGUCGUCCUCCACGCGCGGAGAGAUUUACUUACUGUUCAGAGCGAUGAUGCUAUCCCUGGCGGAGGAGAACCUGAUGUCCAUAUGGCCAGAUCUGAUUUCAGAAUUCAGAAAGGUAUUCGAGGACAUGAACGGCGUGAACACCUUGACGCCCUACACACAACUGCAGGCGGCGAAAUUGCUAGACCUGCUAUUGCUCCUAAAGCCAAGAGGAUUUCAGCGACGGAAAUGGCUGUUUGUCACCGACACGAUCGACGCUAUCUAUCCACCAGCAGACCUGGACCGUGUCGCCGCGGCAGAUCUGGUCCAAAGUCGGCGAGGUAGUGGAGUCGAGCACGUCGAAUCGCAGCAACCUUCGACUUCGACAACAGGCCUACGGAGACCAUGGCUGGCUGGAAUGCAAUCGCCGAGCGCGCUCGGCCCGUUCUACAGGCAAUUGAGCAUUCGUGCGUUCGAAGCUACUUACAGUCUGGAGGGCCCUGACGUAGCGGCGUGCAGAGAGGAUUUGAUCGCGGAUUUGUUCUCGUCGGAUGCUGAGGCCGGAACGUAA